AAGUGAGCUAAGACUGGAGCUAUGGCCCGGGUCUGGAGCCUGCGGCGGCCGCCACCGCCAGCACAUCCAGAGAAGUCGCGACCGAAGCAGGGGCCGGAGACGCGGCUGGACUGGCCGCGGCGCGUGUGAGUUGCGGAAGUCGCUGGUGGCGGAACACUUCAGGCUGGCGGAGCGGUGGUCACCCCUCAUCACUGCGCCCCCUCCAGGCCCUAGCAGCAGGGCUCCCGCUCCUCUCGCGCGGGUCUCUACAAACUCAGGACAGAAGCCACGGGAAGGUGAUCAUCCCGAAUCCUGGUGGGCGUCCCGGCCUGGGAGUUUUCUAGGCGCCCAGGCAGUGUUGGCGCUCUCCUGUCACCACCUCUCCAGUUAAGGAUCAGCGAGUUCCCACUGCCUGCUCUGCAAAGUCUCCUCUCCUCCCAUUCAAAAACAAGUUUAUUUUCCUUCUGCAUUGGGAAUCUUGUCCCAGAGAUCUAAAGUACCUUAGUUUUGUGUAUCUUUCUCCCGCUUUCUGGAGCACUCCUAGAAAUAUUGGUUGCCUACACGACUUAGAAUCUCGUGCUUGACUUAGCGGGUUGUUUUGUUUCGUUUUCCUUUUGACAGGUAAUAGUUGUUUCAGAAAUUUAUCCAUUUAGAUCUCCAGUUCCUUGGCCAUCUCUAUGUAACUUCCCCCACCCCCCAUCCCCCAUCCACCUGAGUCCAAUUUUCUCUGGGCUCUAUUCUCCAGCCCUCAGUAGAUCUGGUCAGUCCCACCUCUGGGUGGGAGUGAUCAGGGGGCUCAGGCCCAGGAUUUCCAACCCUGGAAGGCAGCUCCAAGUCAGCGAGAGAGUUGGGUGUUGGCUACGAACCUGGCAGCUCAGGAGUGGGCCCGCCACUCACCCCCCACAAAAAGAUGAAAAAGCGCAAAGAGCUCAAUGCGUUGAUCGGCCUGGCUGGUGACCAUCGGAGAAAGAAGACCAAGCAAGGCUCAGGCAGCCACCGCCUGCUUCGCACUGAGCCUCCUGACUCAGACUCAGAGUCCAGCACAGACGAAGAGGAAUUUGGAGCAAUUGGAAAUCGCUCUCGUUUUGUCAAGGGAGACUAUGCCCGAUGCUGCAAGAUCUGCUGUCCCCUCUGUGCCUUUGUCAUCCUCGCAGCCUGCGUUGUGGCCUCUGUGGGCUUGGUGUGGAUGCAAAUGGCUCUCAAGGAGGAUCUGGAUGUCCUCAAGGAAAAAUUUAGAACAAUGGAGUCUAAUCAGAAGAGCUCAUUCCAGGAAAUCCCCAAACUUAAUGAGGAACUUCUCAGCAAACAAAAACAACUUGAGAAGAUUGAGUCUGGGGAGCUGGGCUUAAGCAGAGUCUGGAUCAACAUCACAGAAAUGAAUAAGCAGAUUUCUCUCUUGAGUUCUGCAGUAAACCACCUAAAAGCCAGCGUCAAGUCAGCCGCAGACUUACUUAGUCUGCCUAGCACUGUAGAAGGACUUCAGAAGAGUGUGGCUUCCAUUGGCAAUACUUUAAACAGUGUCCACCUUGCUGUAGAGGUGAUACAGAAGACUGUGGAUGAGCACAGGACAACCUUGGGGUUACUGCAGGGCAGUAUGGAGAACAAUGGAAGCAACCAGAUCUUGCCAUCACCUUCACCUCCAUCAGAGCUUGACAAUAAAUCCCACAGUGAAAGUGCAAAACAGGAUAUCCUGUACCUGCACAACUCCUUAGAGGAAGUCAACAGUACUGUAGUGGAAUACCAGAGACAGAAUGACCUUAAACUCAAGGGAAUGAGCGAGACCCUCAGUAACCUGACACAGAGACUCAGCCUGAUAGAAAGCCAUGUGGUUGCACUGAGCAAGGCAGAACAGAGAACAAACGUGAGCUCCAGCACGAUGGAGAAUAGGGCUGCCACUCUGAAAAGAGAGUCUUUGGUGACCAACAGAAGUGACACUGUACAGGCGCAAAGCAUGAAGAAAGAAGAUAAUUCAAAUUCUCAGGUAUCCGAGCUUCGAGAAAAACUGCAGCUGAUCAGUGCUCUCACAAACAAACCUGAAAGCAACAGGCCUCCGGAGACCACAGAUGAAGAGCAAGUACAGAACUUCACAUCAGAUCCUUCAGCAUUGCCAGAAUUUUCACAGCUUCUUAGAAACCAAAUUGAGACCCAAGUAAAACCUCUCUCCCUGCCUGGGAUUUCUAGCAUCAAAGAUCUUCAGGAUUUAUUCCACAAGACUGGUCAAGAUGUGGAUGGGAUGCUGACCUACCAGGAACUCUGGAACUCCCUAGGUUCUGCCAUGCCAAGACCAGAGAGCUUGAGAGCAUUUGAUUCGAAUGGAGAUGGAAGAUACUCUUUCCUGGAACUAAGAUUAGCUUUAGGUAUCUAGUCUCAUCAGGUAUAUUUGAAACGGAUAUGUAGCCUGGACUACCUAAAAAUCUACUUAACUAAAAAGACAGAAAAAAACAAAAACAAAAACCUUCUUGACUAACUCUUCAGCCCUCCAGUCCUUUAUACUACUAUAACAAACACAUUGUCACCUUUUAACUUGUUUGAAAACACUAUUUAAAAAAUUAUUUUUUUAAAAAAAUUUACUUAAAGUAUGAUGUUUAGAAAUCUAUGAUUUCAUGAAGCCAGUGAGAUGUUGUAACUUAAAGUUGCCAGGAAAAAAAAAUAAAGCCCUCUUCUCUCUUUCCUGUUUUUUGAGGGGAAGAGAAUUUACCUUUUAAAGCUGGAAAGUGUAUGUAUAUAGAGAUAAUAAGUCAGUUUAUAUUUCAUAUGAAUUUGCCUUAAAUUAGAUGCACUUUAUAGAGCCUCAGAAUAUGUCUUUUCUUUGAAAGAUGAGUCUCUUCUGUUUGUAAAUAUAUAAGAUGAAAGAUUGUGCAUAAUGUGUAGAAAGACGAUUGGCUUUGAAUGGAAUGAAUGAAUGACUUGUUAUGAGUAACUGACAGUCUGCUCUGGGUGGCAACUGAACCUCUUCACACCUCCUUAAGGCAGCCCUCAAAUGCUUGGGCACCACCAUAGGGUUUGAAGCUGGGGCAUCAGUUCAGGUAUGGAUGCUGUGCAGAGGGUGCCAGUUCCAAACUCAGGAAAGUCAGAUUCUGGGCCACUGCUCCUAUUCCUAACCUAAGAACCAGAGAAGUCUUACUGGGAUUUUCCUCAUUUUUAAUUAUCUUUCAAGGAUUAUGAGCGUAAAAGUUACUCGGUGGGAAAUUAUAUGUUUUCCCCUCAAGAAGUGGGUCUUCUCUGCCCACCCACUCUAGACUACCUUAAAGUUGUAACUGCCUACCUUCAGCACCAUGUCCAGUCAGAAAUGGGAAGGUUCAUGUCCUUGGCUGCUAUCCCAAACUAGUUGCCCAGAGCACUAGAGAAAAGCUCUGAGUACCCUUUGAUUUUACCUUUAGGAUAACCAAGAAUUUGCUCUAUUUCUUGGCAGGAUGCCUAAAGCCAAAAUGUGGUCUGAUGAAACAGGAAAUCAUAUUCUUUCUUCCUAAUUGUUCACUCAAAAGGAGCUAUGGGUUUUCUGUCCAGAGGAUACCACAUGGAGCAGGCGUGCUUGGAGCAGGAGCCUUCUGGUGAUGGGGCUGUUUUCCCAGGUCUAAAGAGCAUCUGUGAUGCUUCCGCUUACAUGCUUUGUGGGCAGGCCAGGACAGGUCUGAUAGGAGCAGAUCACCAUUCGCUGACAUGUUGAGACACUCCCAGUGCUCUUAGGCGUCUCUGGCAGCUCCAGCAGAAGACCUUACAGAACCGCAGGUUGCUGUAGCCGUCAGGGAAACACUGGAGAAGCUGUUGUGAUGGCAGGGCUUCUUUACUAAAGAUCAUUGCUGUUUAAUUUCGAUCAAGUUGCCCUGUCAGCUAUAGAUACAGUCUAGUACCUUUAACCUUUAAAGACAUUUGGUUUUCGCUUUGCUUUGCCUUGCUUUUUAUAUUUUGUUUCUUUUAUAUAUGAUAUUCAGCUUAGUGUUGGCUUUUUUUUUCUCUAGACAUUAAAACUCAGUGAAGGCAAGACAAGUUUUCCUGUGCAUGAGUCUUCUUAGCUCAUGUUUCUCUCUCUUUAAAUUUUUUGCCUUAAUGUUUGCCUUGCUCAUCUAUGCUGUCACCUUCUUGGAAAGGUUAAAAAUACAGUUCAAACAUUAUCCUGGCUCUUUAGGUAACUCUUGUUCUCCUGGCUGCCUUCCAUACUAAACACACACACACACACACACACACACACACACACAUCCGUACAGAUUUUGUAACAACCAAAUAAAGUUCUAGCAAUAAAUUGAAUUAUUCUGCUAUAUUUGUAUAUAUUGUACCAUAAAUAGUAUGUCUGUACCUGGAAGGUUUUUCUUUUUUUCUUUCUUUCUUUCUUUCUUUUUUUUUUUUUUUUUGAGAACUGAUUUAUAUGAAAUAUACUGAGGGUAAUGUAGCUUGUCCUUUUUAGUUUCAAGUUCUCAUUUGUAGGCAGAUACUUUCAAGACACCUUAACUCUUUGUGGUAUAUGCUUUUCAGUGAGGAAGCAGGAUUUGUUUCUUGGACUUUCUUCUGGUUUUUCCAUGUCAAGAAGCUUGUCUGCCAGCAUCACCCCUGAGCCAUGUGAUGUCUCUUAUCAAACUGACCAGAGGUAGCCAUAACUGCCCUCUGACAUUCUAUACGUUUCUCAUCCUGACUAUGGCAUUACCAGAUCUAGGCAGAGGUUGCUAUCCUUUGCUAGAAAUUGGACAGACUCACUGGCUUAGGAGCCCCAAAAACCUAUCAAUCGGUGAAGAUUGGGUCUUCAUUUGUUUAUUGUCUUACCUUGUGCAUCCAGUGCCUUGUGUUAGUCAAGCUUCACCAGCCACAGAUCACCUCUAAGAGAACUCAAUGGUAGUGGUGGUGAGUUUGGCUUUGGAUUUCAAUCCUUUGGCCUUAUCAGUCAGUAGCUAAGAGUACUUCCCACCUUAGUUUCUUAAAGUGUUACCCUUGGUCCUUUGCUUUAUGUACCAUCUACCAUAAUAUUUACUGAAAGACCAUUCACAAGCCAGUCAUGGUAGUACAUACCUGUAAUCCCAGCCCUUGGGAGACUGAGACAGGAAAGUAAUGAGUUCUAGUCCAGUCUGGGCUCCAUAGUGAGAUCUUGUCUCAGAAAAGUACCUGGCUUAAAUAUGACUGUAGUAACAUUCAAGGAGGAGCAGAGCAAUGGAUGCUUGGCUCUUAAGAAUGGGUCUAAUGCAGAAGAGCUGAGGCAGACAGUCUCACUUCACGACCAGCUUGUUUCCCUUCCAUUGCAGUUUGCUCUUUACCAUUGCUGGACAGCCCCAUCAGCCCCCUCCCUGGUCCCAGCGUCACAGCUGAAGGUUUUGACUGUGAUGGGCUCACACUUAUAAUGGCCUAUUGAGUUGUUUUUAGUGACAGCUUUUGUUUGCUACACACCUCAUUGGCUUGCUUACCAACCAUCUAGAUGUGGUCCCUUCUCUCAUAUUCAAGCCAGAACACAUUUGGGUAUUCCUGAGACUAGAGAGUGUGUAUUGUUUGUUAUAUAAACCUAACCUACCUUGUUGUUUUCUCAUAUUAAGAACGGUAAAUCUACUUUAUAUUAAUGGAACUAUUUUGGUAAUACAUAAGCAAUUUUGGUUUUGUUUAGAGUGGAUUCAAGGUUUCCAUGACUUCAUUUGAGCUUUACUUACUUCCUAUCAAUAUAGCCAUUUUAAUUUAUCUAAAUAAAACAUUACGUUUCUCUCACUGUGUCUGACUAGAAUUUUCCCUGCUCCCCUGAUAAUUAAAGGGGGAAACCUGCUUUAAUCUUUA